AUGCUGCAUGUUAUCUAUCUAUCUAUCUAUCUGCCAACUCCCCUCACCCCCGUCACCUGUAGUUUAGCCCGAGUCCGCAAGACGUUACCAUGUCUUCAUUCUUUCUGCGGGUCGUGUGUGGAGACGAUUCUUGGAGGAAAUGGCCAGUGUCCCCAGUGCCAACAGCCUGUGAUUGGUGACGAGUUGAGGCUGGCACCAUUUUUGGUAAAUUCUUUUAGGCGCCGUCAACUGGAAUCCAGAGAAUGGAGGUGCGAUUCGUGUUUCGAAGAGGAUGGGACAGAAUCGACCAGCCAGAUUUGGUGCCAGGAUUGUGAGAAAUUCUUGUGCCAGAGCUGCCAGAGAUUCCACAAGAGAUUCCAACCCGGACACGGAACCAAAGACUUGUCGGACCUGUCGAGGGUGGAGGCCAUCCGGGUCAUCACGACGGAAGACUGUCGCAAGCACCACCAAUCCAUGGACGCCUUUUGCGAGCGGUGCAACGUGUGCCUAUGCGACGCAUGUUACAAGGAUCACGUGACCGUCUCCCCGCAGUGUCCGUCUCGUCAGCUGUCGGUGAGGGAGGAGGCGUUGAAGGGGAAGGAGGAGGGUGGCCCCACCCUGGAGCGAGAACUCCGCCAGUUCGAAAUCCGCCUCCAGGCGACGAACGAGCAGACGAAGCGAUCCAUACAGCAACUGUCAAUGGAUUGCGAUUCCGAAUGCUUCAACCUCUGGCAGGAUUUUGAGGCAUUUGUGCAAGAGGCACGGCUCAAGUUGAGAGAGCUGUGCGACAAUAUGAGAACGUCGGCGUCCGAACUAGAGAGAAAAUGGUGCCUCUCCAUCAAGCAGAGAGACGACCUUUUAAAGAAGGUGAAGAUCUGGCGUCACACCUUGCGCCAUUUGUUGACGGACGGCACCGACGAUGAGGACGUCGUCUGUGGACUGAGGUUGGUAAGAGCGGAGCUUUCUGCGCGGCUCCACCAAUCGUUUGCUCCGCCCAAGAAAGGGCGUUGGCUUGUGACAUUUCCGAAAUGGUGUCACGACUCCCUAGAGUCACUGAAGAAAGAAAUGAUCAAUUGGACGGCAGAGGCAUCCGGGAAUUUGCAGCUGGAAAGAGAAUGCUGUCUGCAGGAAUCGAACCCGUUGUGUAUUUCAUCGAUUGUCGCCAGCGAUGAAGACAAUCAUGUCUUUGUUGGAGAUUGUCACGGUGAUUCGAUCCAAGAAUUCGGUGAGUCUGGGGAAUUGAUCGGCCAAUGUCACUUAACGGAUGGAGGAAAGGGAUUCCGCCCCUGGGACAUGUGUCGCCUUCCCGAAGACAUUUUAGUUGUUUGUUGUCCGUGGGGGUUUAAAAAAAAAGGGGGUUUCUCUUUAUUUUUUAAUUUUUGUCUCUUUCUUUUUCCCUGUUUUUCUUUCUUUUUUUCUUUUUUUAUUUGUUUUUCUUUUUUUUUCUCUCUUUUUUUCAUUCGGUUGAAGAUUAGAGGUCAACAUAACCCAAUCUAUCUAUCUAUCUAUCUAUCUAUCUAUCUAUCUGUCGGUUUACUUGUCAGUCUGUCUAUUCUAUCUUUCCAUUUAAAAGAAGAGGAGAAAAUGUCCCCUCUCUCUCUCUCUUUCUCUCUCUCUCUCUCUCUCGCUCUCUCUCUCAUACAACAUUUCUAG